AUGCGCGCGCCCGUCGGCGCACCGAGCCGGCACCAGGUGAGCGGAGCGGGUUCCAUUAACGUCUUCUGGGAAAUACAGAAAGCUGGCGAGAUCAGACGGAGGACCGAUCGAGAGGAAUGCAGUCUGAGCCACUGCGGCUACUUACUUAGAAGUACACAGAAGAACACAGAACACGGAUGCUCUGACAGCUACUUCAUGAGCAAUUCCAAGGCUGUACUCCAGGGAUGUAGAGAUCAGUGGAUUCUGCAGGACAAGCUGAGCGUGCCAAAGCUCUCCCAGAUCACAGUGUGCAUGGACAUGCGUUUACUGACUGCGGAAAACUGGAUGGCGUUUAGCUACAGGACGCCUCGCUCUCCGAAAUAUGACCUGGCACUGCAUGGUGACAGCGAGGUGAUGUACGCCUGGAUCCUGGGUGUGCAACAUCGCUUCCCUGUGCAGCUGACACUGGAACGUUGGCACCGGUUGUGUCUGCGCAUUGACUCAUUGCGUAACAGCUUAAUUUUGAACAUCAGCAGCAGUCAGAAGACGUACGAACGUACAGUGUUUUCUCACGCCAUGCAACUCAACGGCAAGCUACAGCUGGGAUGUCAGCCGUGGGACAUAUUCCCAGAAACCAGCAUGGCCACCAUGGAGCUCUACAUGUUCAGGAUGUGGGGGGACGUGAGGGAGCAUGCAAACUGUGAGGAUGGCACAAUUGUGGGCUGGGAUUCGAGCAUGUGGAGUAUCAGUCGAGCCCAGGCCAGGGUCCAGGACAAUGCCCUUUACUGCGGUGAGCACAGUAACCACGACUGGCACGCGGUGAAUUAUUUCCAGCAUGUCACUUUCUUACCUCAUGUUACAGUGACCACAAGUUCUCUGGGUUUGGUAAAUCAGCUUCUGAACCAGUCUCAGGAUACAUCCACACUGAACUCCUCUCAAGUGGACAAUGUGGUCAGGAAACUGGAGGAUAUUCUCUCGGCGCCAAACAUCAGCCUUAAUGUGUGUCAGGCUGCUCUGUCUGUUGUUAACAAUCUCCUCAAUGCUUCUGCAGGCUCUUUGGCCUCCUCAUCCAACCGCUUGAUCAAGGCUGUGGAUCAGCUGGCGUUGAAAAUGGUCAUUCCGGACAAUUCGGUAACAAUCGCGUUGUCAUCAGUUGCACUGGCGGUGACGAAGAUCGAUGGAAAUAACUUUGCAGGAAUGUCGUUUUCCAUCAACAGUCCAACAGACAUACUGAUGAAAAGCAGGAGCAGGAGGUCUGUUGGAAGUCCAUCUGCUCAGGGUUCCAUCACACUUCCCUCCUCUCUGACCAGCGGUCUGUCCCCAGAGCAGAAGCAACAGGCAUCUCGGCUUCAGUUCACGUUCUUCCAAAAGAGCUCACUGUUUCAGAGCCAACUCAAUAACCAGCAACUGGGCAGCCUCAUUCUGGGGACCAGCGUCGCCAACCUGUCCAUCAGAGACCUGAAAGACAACGUGGUGUUCUCUCUGCAGAACACGACCACUAUAACGGAAAAUCUGAAUUGUGUUUUCUGGGACUUUAACCAAAAUGGUGGAGCAGGAGGAUGGAACAGUAGCGGCUGUUUUCUCCUGAACAGCACAGAUAACGAGAUAAAGUGUAGCUGCAACCACUUGACCAGCUUCGCAGUGCUAAUGGACAUCUCCAGAGGUGGAUCGAAUGACAAAUUGCAGAACACCAUCCUCACCUUCAUUACAUAUAUUGGAUGUGGACUUUCUGCCAUCUUCCUUGCCAUCACUCUCCUCACCUACCUGGCCUUUGAAAAAAUCCGCAAAGACAUUCCAUCCAAGAUCCUCAUCCAGCUGUGUUUUGCACUUUUCCUUCUCAACAUGGUCUUCCUGGUAGACUCAUGGCUGGCACUCUACACCAAUGCUGUUGGCCUGUGCAUCUCCACCGGCUUCUUCCUGCACUACUUCCUGCUCGCCUCCUUCACGUGGAUGGGUCUGGAGGCCUUGCAUCUUUACCUGAGUAUCAUCAAGGUCUUCAAGAACUUUGUAUCUCAUUACAUGCUGAAGUUCUCUCUGGCAGGAUGGGGGAUACCAUUAAUCAUAGUUAUCAUCGUGAUCGCGGUGGAUAAAAAUAAUUAUGGCCUCAUUGCGUAUGGAAAGUAUACGGAUGGAAGCACAGAUGAUUUCUGCUGGCUGAAGAACGAUAUAGCCUUCUACGUGUCAGUGGUGGUCUACUUCUGUGUGAUCUUCCUGACCAACAUGAUCAUGUUUGUGGUGGUUAUGGUGCAGCUGAGACGCAUCAAACGGCAAAACCCCCAAAAUAACCAAAACCGCAAAUGGCUCCAGGAUCUGCGCAGCACCGCCGGUCUCACCGUCUUACUCGGCCUUACGUGGGGAUUUGCUUUUUUUGCCUGGGGCGUGGUCAAUUUACCAUUCAUGUACCUCUUCACCAUCUUCAACGCCUUCCAAGGUUUUUUCAUCUUCGUGUUUCACUGCGCUUUAAAAGAGAACGUCCGGAGACAGUGGCGAAUCUACCUCUGCUGUGGCAAGUUCAGACUACCAGAAAACUCAGAUUGGAGUCGUUUAGCAACCCAACACACCAAGAAGAGUUCAGUCAUCACAGCCAACACUUCCCAGGCCUCUUAUAACCAUUCCAGUACCUCGAGGAACUCGUCAAUGAGUGUUGACAGCUUGGGCUUAGCAUCAAACUUUAACAACUCACCGGUGGAUGACAACGUGUUCGGGUCCACAGAGGAGUCCAACCAACUCGUUCGCCGCCGAACCUAGCUAGAACCAGAGCUCUCUACACGGACGGGUGCGAGACGUGUCAUGGUUUAAGGACAAAAACCGUGGACAUAGUGAACAGUUUUGCACUACAGUGGCUCAAAUCUUCGACUCACGGAUGACUUCUAGGAUGCGUUUCGAUCUCGUUCCGUUUUCCCAGGAGAUCUUCUAGAUCUUCAGCAGGAUGAAACGCUUCAUGAAGGAUGGAACAAAUGUGCAACAGACGAACAGUCCCUGAGAGUACCUGAGAUCUUCCAUCGUUCACCACACCACAUAUACACGAUAUUAUAUAAUGAGGACAGAGAUGCAUCUACAACCAAGCAAAUAAUAUUCCAACGAACUUCAGUACACAUCGAUUUUGGACCAAGACUCGAAGAGUGUUCAUUAUGAACAGCUCUGUUUCAAUAUCAAACAGACAGUAAAAAAAAAUGUUCUCUUACAAAAGAUGAAAAUUAACAAUACGAAACAAACCGCCUCAGUUUAUGAAGAAAGCUGAAAGCCGAAAGUCUUACAAAAAGCAGUAUUAUACACCUAUAAAAAGUCAUGAAACGUUUAGAAACGUCUCACAGACUGAAAUAGUUCAUGUCUUCUCGAAUGCUUUAAACAAAGCGCUAUACAAUAACAGGAGUAAAAGAUUUAAAGCUGUCGUGUGUUUAGUGUCUUAACCCUCUGAAGAUUGUUAUUUAUGGAACC